UUUGGUGAUUUCAGGAUUGGAUAAGAGAUCCGGUUUAAUUAUAAGGGUUAAAGGGAUCAGCUAUCUAGGGUAUGCCAUGAGUUGUAAGUGUUUUGGUUCGUUUGAUUGGUUCAAAGGAAGGAAUAGCCCUACUCCUGACCAGACUCAAGCUCAAGAGUUCACCACCGAGAAUUUAAGGCUAUUUACUUAUAAUUCGUUGAGAUCAGCAACAUCAAAUUUCCAUCCAUCAAACAGAAUCGGUGGAGGUGGUUUCGGAGUUGUCUACAGGGGGAUUUUGAGGGAUGGUACUCAAGUAGCUAUCAAGAAACUCUCUGCGGAGUCUAAGCAGGGAUCUAGGGAAUUUUUUACGGAGAUCAAUAUGAUAUCAAACAUACGACAUACCAACCUUGUUGAACUAAUUGGCUGUUGUGUUGAAGACUCCCAUCGGAUCUUAGUUUAUGAAUAUCUAGAGAAUAAAAGCAUUGCCAGUGUUUUACUUGGUUCAAGAAGUAAAUAUAUUGCUUUGGAUUGGCCUACAAGAGCUGCUAUUUGCUUAGGUACAGCUUCUGCUCUUGCAUUUCUUCAUUAUGAAGCCGUGCCGCAUAUUGUCCACAGGGAUAUUAAAGCUAGUAAUAUACUUCUGGAUGGGAAUUUUCAUCCUAAAAUAGGAGAUUUUGGGCUUGCUAAGCUUUUUCCGGACAAUGUCACUCAUGUCAGUACUCAAGUGGCUGGAACAUUUGGAUAUUUGGCCCCAGAGUAUGCCCUUUUAGGACAGCUAACCAAGAAGGCAGAUGUUUACAGUUUUGGGGUGCUCCUGCUUGAAAUAAUUAGUGGUAGAAGUAGUAGUAAGGCUGUCUUUGGAGUGGAACUGAUGCUUCUGCUUGAAUGGACAUGGAAACUGAAACAAGAAGACGGGCUUCUGGAUAUUGUUGAUCAAGAAAUGAAUGAAUAUCCAGAAGAAGAGGUGAUGCGGUUCAUCAAGGUUGCCCUCUUUUGCACCCAAGAAGCUGCACACCGAAGACCUACUAUGAAGCAAGUGGUGCAAAUGCUUUCCAACGAGGUGCACCUAAAUGAUAACUUGCUGUCAGAGCCAGGUGUUUACAAGGGGCAAAACCCUCACCAAUCACUGAUUCCUUCUUCCUCAACCACGAUUUUCAGCUCUCACAGUAUUACACAGAUGAUUCCUAGGUGAUAUGCUUAAUACUUACCCGUUGUCUAAUCAUUGAUUACAUGAGGCUGAAAUGAAAACUUGGCCUUGGCCCUCCUGCCCCUGGUUUCGCCUUGGCAAUUACUACACCAAACCCGAACUACUGCUCUUAAAGAGCCACCAACCAUCUCAUACUUGUCCAGCAUCCAAGUUUAACUAAACAAUCUCCUCUUAUAACGGUAAUCAAGAGAUGUGUUGGGGAUAUGU